GUCCGCCAGCAACCAUUGUGCGUUGUGUGAGUGGCCUCCCAAGUCGCCUAGGUGCAAUACGCUGCAGUGGAUCGGCCAACCGUAUAUAACUCCACCUCAGUCAUUGAUACGUGGACAUUUUGGAUCGUUCAAUGGAUAUCGUGGCAACCGGACAUACUUCCGUAGCAUAAGUUGUAAUAUGUCGGUGAAAAAAAUGGAUGCUUUACAGACUUCAUUGAGUGAAAGUGAUCCAAAACAAGAUCUGACAUCCAAAGAAUGCGAAACAACCAAUUUCAGAAAUAACUCUCACUCGGUCAGAAUACUAGAAGAAUUGAAAUCUCUACGGAAAAAUGAAGUAUUAUGUGAUAUUAGAUUUGAAACAGAUGAUGGAUGUACAACCUUUGGACAUAAAAAUGUUUUAAUGGCAGCUAGUCCAUAUUUUCGUGCAAUGUUCAAAUCGCGGAAAAUUGGAAAAACCGGCAACAACGCCGUUAAUAUAAAGAAAUUAGAUUCCACCAUUUUAGAACUAUUAUUAGAUUAUAUUUAUACGGGCGAAAUAAUGGUCACAAAAGAAAAUGUACAGGUUCUGUUACUAGGUGCAAACCUCUUACAGUUAGAUUUUGUAAGUGGUACAUGUACCGAGUUUUUACAAAAACAACUGGAUGCAUCGAAUUGUCUUAGUAUCAGACGGUUUGCUGACUUACAUAACUGUACGGAAUUGUUAUCAAGUUCUGAAACGUUCAUUAAAAAACAUUUUUUAGACGUGGUUAAAAGUGUUGAUUUUCUAUCUUUAUCUUCUGAAGAUGUGGUUAAGAUGAUCUCCUGUAAUGACCUUGCCGUUCCAUUAGAAGAAAAUGUAUUCGAAUGUGUAAUUAAAUGGGUAAAACAUGAUUUGGAUCAGAGAAAAGAUUUUUUGCCAGAAUUAAUGGAACAUGUACGUUUGCCAUUAUUAGCAUCAAGGCCUGAUGUAUUAAAUAUUGUAGUCGAAGAACAUCUUCUAAAGAAUAGUCCUAAAUGUAAAGAUUAUAUGUAUGAAGCAAUACGAUUUAAUUUACUUAAAUCAGUUCAGCGUUUCACCAUUUCUCAAACAAUUCGGUGUAAACCCAGGCAGUUUGGUGAUUCACAAAAAGUUAUUCUAAUGUUUAAUCGGUCUGAUACAUCGCCAAAGUGUUAUACAGAAUGGUAUGACCCUGUAACCAAGCUAAGAGAAAAUGCACUCGGGUUAAAAGAAUGUCGGGAGUUUGCUGGUCUAGCUGUAAUUAGAGAUCAAUUUGUGUUUGCUGUGGGCGGUGUGAAUGGAUCAAGUUCUAAAUCUGUUAGUAUGCUUGACGUAUCUUCACAAUCGCCCUCUUGGGUUCCAAUGGUAGACAUGUUAGUUAGUCGAAAACGGUUAGGAGUCGGAGUAUUAGGUGAUUCCAUAUACGCAGUUGGAGGACACGACGGCAAUAAUGCUUUAAAUAGUGUAGAGGUAUUUGAUGUCAGUACCCAAAAAUGGAGAAUGGUGUCUAGUAUGACAAUUGUGAGACGUGAUUUUGGUGUUGGUGUACUCAAUAAUCUUCUAUACGCGGUUGGAGGUAGUGAUGGUAAAUGGUGUUUGAAAUCUGUGGAAUGUUAUGAUCCCACACUCGACACAUGGACCCCAGUUGCAGAAAUGUCUGUACGCCGUCAUGGUGUUGGUGUAGGAGUCUUAGACGGUCUUUUGUAUGCUAUUGGUGGCUAUGGUAAUAAAAAGUAUCUUAAAAGUGUUGAGGUUUAUAGACCGAGUGAUGGAGUUUGGUCUUCUAUAGCUGAUAUGGAAAUAUGCCGAUCUUGUCCUGGAGUAGCAGUUUUAGAUGGUUUAUUGUAUGUUUUUGGCGGAGAAAAAGAAUCAUCUAUUGUUGAUACUGUAGAAAUUUACAACCCCAACACCAAUACUUGGACCUUGGAAAGAUUGUCAAGAAAUGAUGUACACAUUUAUGGUGGAGUAGUUGUUGAUAGACCUCUUAAUUUUAUGUACUAAUCGACAUGGAUAAUGGUCUCAUUGUUGGUAGUAAUUUGAACAUAUUUAUGUAUAAUUUAUGACGAAAUGUGUAUGGUUAUAUUCAUUUUAUUUUUUGUGAACGUUUGAUAAAAAGUUGUUUUAUAAUUUAAG